AUGGGGGAAGGGGGGGUGUUUGUGCAGGGGCACGAAGAGCAUUUGUGGCUGCGACAGCAACGAAGCAUAAAUAAAAAUGUUCUUGACACACUAAAAUAUUUGCUCGGCUAUCUCCCCGCUCCAGGUUGCUACAAAAUCACCACGGUUUUCAGUCACGCCCAGACGGUUGUGUUGUGCGUCGGCUGCUCGACUGUGCUGUGCCAGCCCACUGGUGGAAAGGCGAGGUUGACAGAAGGAUGUUCUUUCCGGCGAAAGCAACAUUAAAUAGUGGACACUUGGCACGGGAUGGGUUUGCGACUACGGGGACAGUUGCCGGUUGCCACCCCGGGUGUUUCCCUGGGGCACCGAUGGAAGUAUAUUAUGCAACGGAGUUGUAAAAGGGGCGGGGGGGCCUGUAGUUACUUUUGAGGGCUUGAGUUGCUGCCAACGGUGGCUGUGGGAUGAGGACGGGGACACACACACACAUCCCUUCCCCCUUUGUGGCUCUGGCACUGUCCUUGUAGCCUUACCCGUUUCAUUCAAUAAACUUUGGAUAUAAAGACAA